AUGCACAGUGAAUAUCUAUAUUAUUAUCUCCUCUUCUUCCCCAUUGUCAUAGCCAUGAUACUCCGGUUACCACACGAUAUUCUGGUGGUAAUCUGCGAACUUGUUUCACCAAGAGAUCUUUGUGCUCUUCGUGAAACUUGUCAGCAACUCAGCCGCGAUAUUCCCGGGUCUUUCAUCCUCGGAUGUCUUCUCUCUGUGUGGGAUUGCUGCAAUAUUGAGUACAGCAGAUCGAACGACGAUACUUGCCAGGCUCCGCACAAGCUGAACAAUUCGCGGGUAGAGUUCUCAGAUCAGGUCAAGUGCCCUGUCUACAUUGAUCAGCCGCUUCCACGCGACUUUUACUGUCUCUGCAAAGAGGUGGACGAGAUCUUUCCCUGGGAGUACCACGACAACGGGAUUUCUUUCGACGAGAAACUCUUGGAUUUGACGGAGCAUCCCGAAAUGGGCCAAGGGAAGCCCAAGAAAGGACUCACGAUGGGACGUUACUACGGAAGCACAUAUGCGUUUGGAGGAGCACCUGUGAUCCAGACAAGACAUUCUUCAAAGAUGUUGGCUGGUGUGAGUGUUAUAAAUCUGAUCUACUCUGGUAUUCCCCAGACGAGAGGAAUUGUCAACUUGGAUGGACUUUCUCUGCCUUUCAGACUGCAGGUCAACGGAAAAAGUGUUCUUUUGCACGCUCGAGCCUGCGAUUAUAAGACCUCUGAAGUGAUUUGUGUGUCCCCAGGUGGAAAAGUACAUACUCAGAGGUGUCGACCCCGGAAAGCUGCUCCUGCUGGUAUCGUUCACUACAACGACACCUUCUUCAACAUUGAUUUUCAAACCCGAUACCGACUCCGGGUGUGCAAGUCUCUACAUAGCUUGGACUCCGAUCCACAACUAAAUGAGCCGUACAAGGUGUAUCAGGAUGAAGAAUAUUCACAGUUCUGCCUCGUUUACAAGCCCACAGGAAUUAUAAUAGGGCUAAUUGACUUGGACAACCAGCAGACAGAAGUCUUUUCCGCACCAGGAACUGGAUUUGUGGCCAGAAACUACAGCUCGAUAUCGUGUGAAGAAUACCUCGUCAUGGUUGGAAUGUCCAAGGGCUCUCUUGGGAUCUGGAAGUUUUCCAUUAACCAUCUCCGCAAGAGGUUCAGAUUUCAACAUGGAGAUGGAUUCGCUAACGCUUUGUCGCUAGCAGUCUCUCCCCUUGCCUCCAAGCCGAGAUGA